CGAUCUCCCGUGGUUCUUAUGUUUUGUAACAUGGCAGCAUGGGAAACAAGUCAUCCCAAAACAGUGUCAUAUUUUUUGGGGUAAUAUUUGUAGACUCAUUUGUUUUCUAUUUUAUCUAUGCAAUUAUAGUUGUGCUAUUAUAUACUAGCUAGUAGCUAAAUCUGUUACUCUUCGAGCGCAUAUGUUUGGCGACAUGAAAUUAGAUAAAAAGGCUAUUACCGCGUGUGCACGAAUGUUUUUCUUUGUGGGUGAAUGAAGAACGCGUUAGAACAACCACAUGUGUUGAAGUUAAGGGUUUUACUAGGGUUUUUAAACUGUGAACAUGGACAACUAAAGAGGAGGUAAGGGAAAAGAAAAAAAAAGAAAGGGUUUGCGUCUUCUCGUGUUCCAUGUGGAAACCUCAUAGAGGAUGAUGGGAUCUGCCCAUUAUCUGGCACAUCGCGGAUUAUUUUUGACAGUGUUCUUUUCCACUUUCCGCUCGUUCUCACCAACACCUAUAGGUUUUGGGUGUCUACAUACAAGCCUGCAUAUGAACUACUGGCAUCCUUAUCGCUGACGUUCUAUCUAUUUGUUUAGUGGGAGUCUGUUCGCUUUUCCAGACUUCAGUCUAUUUUAAAGAGCUAUUAUUAGCCUAAAUAUAAGAUGAAUUUUGAUCAGAUUCUUUCGGUGGUGGGAGGUUUUGGAAAGUACCAAAAAAUUCUUUAUGUGUGGAUAUGCCUACCUCAGAUCCUGCUUGCGUUUCACAUGAUGGUGAGCAUCUUUACUGGGGCUACACCGCCCCACAGAUGCCGAGGGAGCUCGAGUUCAGUUCUAGGCAAUUUUUCAUCGGUAGCCGUCAACUUCAACCUGAACCUCAGCAUCCCGGAUCCGCUCGCAGAAUCAUCCUGCUUUGCCAUAGGCAAUCUUCAGAACUGGACUGCGCCUGUCCCAUGCGAGCAUGGAUGGGUGUACAACAAAGAUGUUUUCGAGAGUACAACUGUCACGGAGUGGGACUUGGUGUGUGACCAGGCAGGCCUGAACAGUCUGGGCUCCUCUAUCUACAUGUUUGGCCUGCUGGUGGGGGCUGUGCUGUUUGGAGCCAUGGCUGACAGGUACGGUCGGCGUUUCUCCCUGCUCCUGUCCCUGGCCCUACAGACCGUGUUCGGCGUGGCCGUUGCCUUCGCUCCCAACUUCCCCGUCUAUGCGGUGCUGCGCUUCAUGGUGGGCACCACCAUAUCUGGAGUUAUUAUCAACGCCUUCGUCCUGGGUACCGAAUGGACCUGCACUAAGAGACGCAUGCUGGCUGGUAUAAUCACUGACUAUGCCUUUGGGUUUGGUUAUAUGCUAGUGGCAGGUAUAGCUUUCUUCAUUCGCGACUGGAGAAAGCUACAGCUGGCAAUAUCAGCGCCUGGCUUUCUGCUGAUCUUCUAUAUAUGGGUGCUACCUAACUCGGCGAGGUGGUUGUUAGCCAAUGACAGGCAAGAGGAGGCCAUUGCUCUCCUGCGCAAGGCAGCCUUAGUUAACGGACGAGUGUUCCCUCCUACAGUACAGGUACCAACACACGCACACACACUUGCCCACACACAAUACACUCUCUUUCAGUGUCCAUCCAAUACAGGUGUGUGUGUGUGUCAGAUGGAAAGGUGUCAGAUGGCAGCUCGAGGGAGGCAGAGUUUUUCUGCAGCAGAUCUUGUGCGAACACCCCAGAUGAGGAAGAGAGCUCUCAUCUUGUUCUAUGUCUGGUUUGUGAAUGUGUUGGUGUACUACGGACUGUCUCUGGGCGUGUCCAGACUAGGGACGGACCUCUAUCUCACUCAGUUUGUGUUUGGAGUGAUUGAAAUCCCAGCCCGGUCAUUGGUCCUCCUCUUCCUACCCUUUAGCCGCCGCCUUACCCAGAGUGCAUUUCUAGCCCUGGGCGGAGUGGCUUGUUUGCUUACACUCCUGGUUCCAGAAGAGCACCCUAACCUGAGGACUGCCCUGGCCAUGGUGGGGAAGUUUGGGAUCACGGCCUCUUUCGCCGUCAUCUACGUUUACUCUGCCGAGCUGUUCCCCACGGUGCUCAGGCAGACAGGGAUAGGCGUGUCCAGUAUGUUUGCCAGGAUGGGUGGUGUGUUAGCCCCGGUCAUCAACAUGCUGCACACCCGGAGCCCCUCCACCCCCAUGUUCAUCUUUGGUACCGCCCCGCUCCUGGGCGCUGUCCUAGCCUUGGCACUGCCCGAGACCGCCAACAGACCCCUGCCCGACACGGUGGAGGACGCUGAGACCUGGGACACCAGAACUCCCCCUAAGGAGAGCCCAGGAGAUUGUGGGGAUCUGGGCCAAUCGGCAAGCAGCACUGAGGGGCAGGAACUGGAGCACCUAGCAACAAACUCCUGAUCAUUAAACCCUGUCACCCGUGUACACACACUCUACUCCAUUCCUAAUAUGUGCUAUGCAACAACAAACAAUACAAAGGUCUUAAUAUGCACAAUGCAAUGCAAGCUGAAGAACAACAAACACAAUGUUUAAAUCUCUGUCCCAGACACCCACUCAUACGUCCAUAAAUACACAAAGUUUGUCCAUCUGUGUUUUCUCCCACAGAAAAACACACUUAUUUGAAAUGGCUGAAAAAUAAGACUUUCUUUCUGCCUUUCAUCUCUUAUUCUAGUGUUAUAAAUAUCUUAAACACAGGCACUUCACACACACUCAGCCAACUUGGAUAACUGCCAGCAAAGUACCAUUGAGGUGCUGAUUGAGGGACUAACUGCUGAGAAAGCAUCCGAUUGGUUGAGUGAAUGGAUGUGAUCCUAUUGGUUAAGAGAACAUCACACCAAGCACCUUUUGAGAAUCACAAAGAACGAGUGGACAUUAUUUCUCAUUACAAAAACAGAUUAAUGUUUUUAACUUGAGAUGUUGUGUUUCAUUCACAGAGUCAGACGUUUUCAAGUCCCUGGAAACACCCGAAUGGUGUAAACAUACAGCAUUUAUAAAAAGAAUCAUUAACUGUGAUGACAUAUAAUCUAGUGUGCCAGUCCUGGACCUGUAGGGUCUGAUAACAAUGUAUCAGUGUUUAUAUUUUUGGUAUAUCUAUGCAGUAGAUUUUUCGGACAAAACAGCUGCCUGUUUUUAAUAUUUUCUUUUUUUAGCUCUUACAAGUUAACUUUUGAAGAGA